UUGCUGUUGUACAGCUGCGUUCACCUUAUAAAUUCCCCUUAAUAGCUAAAAUACCAUCACUGAUCGUACGAAAUAAAGUAAAUGUUGGAUUGUGUUGUGAUCGAAGUGCGCCAGCAUUUAUGCUGUGCAAAUGUAUUCCUAAAGUUUAAAGAAUCUUUAACCGAUUCGGAAUCACUUAAAAUUAAUGUGGACGAAGCUAAAGUACAUCUCCAAAAUCCUAAGUGUAGUGCUGACAUCUUUGUUAAAAACUACUUUUCAAUUUUAGCGGGAACCUUUAGUAACUUAAUUGUCGAUGUUGAGAAUGCUUCAUUUCGCAUUAGCAUUAAGGACAUACAAAUAUCUGAAGAAUACCAAAAUGAUGAUAACAAAGUUAGUGUGAAAUUAAACUUGUUUGAACAGGAUGAGGCUGCAGUGGUGUGUAGCAAUUGCGAUUCAAUACUCGCCACUCAACAGAAAUAUGAAAAAAUUCGAGAAUUUCCUUCGGGAGCCAUAGAUGUAAGCGAAUUCUUUUGUCACCAUGGUCCCUGCUUUAAAGAUGUUUUGGUGCCUAGCAUUACGGAUUUGUUCUAUGGUUUUCAAUUUAUUGUGGUAAAUAAAGAGGUUAUUGAGAAGUGUACGCGGGAGAAAGAAGAACAUAUAUAUUGCAAACGAUGUUUGCGAUAUUUAGGAGAGGCCAUGUUUAAUGGGAAGGCUGCCAAAUUAUGGUGUGAUUCUAUACGUUUCAAUUUAAAAGGGCAAAGUUUAGACAUUUUCGCUUCAGAUGAGAAGACUCAAAUCCACAAGCUGAUGCUAAAAGCCAUAGAAGAAACAUCAUUACCUUCCCCGGAGCCACUUUUAAGAAAUAUGCAUUUUACCAAAGUGUUACUGGAAGCUAGUUUUCCCAAUCGUCGUCAACAAUAUCUACUUGUGCAUAUACUAGAAAAACACCAGCCAGUUCUAAGGAAUAACCAAGCAAUUGCCCAAUGUAAAGAAGAAUAUCAAAGUACUCGUAUUGAACUUAAGCAGAACAAAGCAUUUAAAAUUCUAUACCGUUUGAUAGCCAAUGAUGAUGACAACAGCGGGGAAGAGCCAUUUAACUGUCCACCGUUGUUGGAAUAUUGGCAGCAGGAUAUUAAUAUUUUAAAGAUGACAAUUUCACCAUUUCUAUUCAGCGCUCUCAAUGAAGAGUUAAACUUGAAUAUCAAUGUUUUGCCAGAAAUUUAUCGUGUAAAUAAUGAUGACUUUUUACUUAGUUACAUAUUUUAUUGACUAAUCAACAAUACUCACUUAAUAAAUCUGUACUUCCCGAAAUUGUUAAUAAAAUUAGAACAAUUGUUAUGCUUUAUAAGAGUUUUUUUUAUAUAUAUUUAUUAAUUACUAUUAUACUCACAACGAUAACAUAAUAAAAGUUAUUUAAAAACAA